ACCCAGUGUGCCUUUCUACAGCCAUAUCCAGUUUGGGAGACGGGAGGAGAUAUCUGUGCUCGCCGUUUGAUAUGAGAAAUAUACUCCAUUAAAUCAUAGUUUAAAUAAUGUAUUGUCUAAAAAAAAUAUAGAUAUUAUUCGCUAGCCCACAUGCUAAUUAGCACUAGCAAAUGAUUUGUCCGCGCUCUUCACACUAACGUUACCAACUGCUGCCUGCUAACUAGCAGUUCGUUUAACAUGCUUAUUUAUAAACUCGAUUCUCAUUGACUGUUUCUUUAGCUAACUAACUUGCGUUUUCUCAACAUUUGCUAGUAGAUACAUGAAUCACGAACAAGUUAGCUAACCGACAUUCGGUGAUCAAUUCACUAACGCUAAUUGAACAAAAACUGUUCUCAGCUAACGCUAGUUAAUAUAGUUAGCUAUGUAUAGGUAACAAAUAUACCAAUCACAUUUAUAGUUGAUACGGUAACGUUAUGUCUGACACAGCUAGCUGAAGCUGCACUGUUGACUGCCCUAUCAAGUUCCAUCCAACUUGGCAACAACAUGAACUGUUGAAUCUGCGCUGCUCAUAUCAACUGUUGUACAACAUGUCAGCUGGACGUUUGAUUUGUAUUAUUAAUGUACAUAUGAUCUAAUAAUGCAACAGACCCUGCUAUCCAAUUAAAUAAAGUGGGUCUAGUCGGAUCCAUAAAUUAACUUUGUGCGUCUGACUACAAGAGUUGUAUGGAAAGUGACUGACUGCACCGAAUGCAGCCACACACUGAAUUUAACGUAUGUGUGUGUGUUCGUCUGGCAGAGCGACAAUGCUGUUGGCUCAGAUUAACCGGGACUCCCAGGGCAUUGCAGAGUUCCAAAAUUUAGGUGGAGACACUCAGCAGGUCACCCUCUGUUUGGCAGAGGCUGUUUCAGAUGGCGAUCAAAUGGACAUGGACACUGUGAGUUUACAGGCUGUGACCCUUGCAGAUGGCUCUACAGCUUACAUACAGCACAACCCUAAAGUCUCCAUUUCAGAUGGCAAGUUCAUGGAUGGACAGGUCAUUCAGCUGGAGGAUGGAUCUACUGCAUAUGUCCAACAUGUAUCAAUGCCAAGAGCAGAGGAGGUCAACAGAUGGACAGGAUCCCCUUUGUGUGAUGUAAUUGGAGGAGAUGGUCUGAGACUUGAGGAUGGUCAGGCUGUGCAGCUGGAAGAUGGCACAACAGCUUACAUCCACACACCAAAAGAUACAUAUGACCAGAAUACCCUGCAGGCUGUUCAGCUGGAGGAUGGCACCACAGCUUACAUCCAGCACACAGUACAGAUGCCCCAAACCAACACCAUCCUGGCCAUCCAGGCAGAUGGAACAGUGUCAGACCUGAACGCUGAUGGAACCCUCGACCAAGAGACCAUCAACGUGCUGGAACAAUACACCGCUAAGGUGGAAGCUGAUGAUGUCAACUCCGUACUGAUGAGAGCUGAGCAAGAUUGUGGUGUGCAGAUGCAGGUACUAUACUUCUCAUGUUUAUCUAUGUCAUAUCAUAUUUACCACCAGCUUACAUUGGAUACAUAUUUCUUUCAGAUUGUGCUUCAAAGGCAGAGUGGUCGUAGUUCUAGGGAGCAGUCGACAGAGAAAUCUUUCCGCUGUGACUAUGAGGGCUGUGGGAAACUCUACACAACCGCACACCAUCUGAAGGUACAUGAGAGGUACCACACAGGUGACCGGCCAUAUCUGUGUGAUCAUCUGGGCUGUGGAAAGAAGUUUGCUACAGGGUAUGGUCUGAAAAGCCACAUCAGGACACACACUGGUGAGAAGCCUUAUCGCUGCCAGGAAGUGCACUGUGCAAAGUCGUUCAAGACGUCAGGUGACCUCCAAAAGCACAUCAGAACCCACACAGGAGAGAAGCCAUUCAUGUGCCCAUUUGAGGGGUGCGGGAGAUCGUUUACUACCUCUAACAUCAGGAAGGUGCACAUUCGCACACACACAGGGGAGAGGCCUUACUACUGUGCAGAGCCUGGCUGUGGGCGAGCUUUCGCCAGUGCCACCAACUAUAAGAACCACGUGAGGAUCCACACAGGAGAGAAGCCUUAUGUAUGCACAGUCCCAGGCUGUGACAAGCGGUUCACAGAGUACUCCAGCCUUUACAAACACCACGUUGUCCACACACCAUGCAAGCCCUACAACUGCAACCACUGUGGGAAGACCUACAAGCAGAUCUCUACCCUGGCCAUGCACAAACGCACAGCGCAUAACGUCACAGAGCCCAUUGAGGAAGAGCAGGAGGCCUACUACGAACCCCCUACAGAGGCCAUCGAUGAUCCCUCAGUGAAUUUUGCCCCGGUUGAGGAGGAGGAAGAGGAGUCCUGUUCGGAACAGAUGACUGAGACUGAGGCCAUUGGUCAGCAGCAUGUGCAGCUCAUAACACACCCGGAUGGAACUCAACAGGUCAGUAUCUCCCAGGCUGACAUGCAGGCAUUGGGAAAUACAAUUACCAUGGUAACCAGUGAUGGCACCACCUUCACGGUUCCUUCCCAUGAAAUGCUUAAUGCAGAUGGAACACAUUCAGUCACCAUGGUAGCAGCAGAUGGUACAGAAGAGCAGGUGGCCAUUGAUUUGGCCUCAUUUCAGGGCAUGCAGACAGAGGAGGGGGUUCACCCUGUCACUCUGUUAGCCACCUCAAACGGCACACAGAUCGCUGUCCAGCUCAGUGAACAACCUUCACUCGAAGAAGCCAUCAGGAUAGCAUCAAGAAUACAACAAGGAGAGAUGGGAUUGGAUGAUUAGAUUAGAUAAUCCUUUCAGUACUAUGACUUCUAUUGAAAUAUUUGAUGAGAACAAGAUCUAUACAUAUUCUGCAGUUUUCUGACUCAAGGGUAUUGUUCUUAAAUCAAACGUGAAAUUCUUUAUUAAGAUUUGUAAAUAGACAUUUUGAUAUGGCUGCACAGAGUCUGUAAUGCUGAAACAUCCAUGAGUAAGAUGUGUGUUGCUGCAUGAAUGAGUUAUAGAAAUGUAAUGUGUUUUUGGACUUUUUGUACUAUUUUUCCAUGUGUGAAUAUUGUAUUCUGUGUAUAUACAGUAAAUAGCCAAUGUUUUGAAUCCAGCAUAUAUUUUAACUUUGAAUAUGUACAAAUAAUGGAUACACAUUGGUUGUUAAAUAAAGCAGUACAAUUCUA